CUCUGUCCUGUGACACCGGCUCUAGCUAGAUCGUUUGCAUCAUGACCGAUGUUCAUAUAGUUACCCCUCAGUUUGUCAAGCUUUGCGAUGGCCUAAAGGGCGCUGAAGGGCCAGUCUUUGACAAAGACGGUCGUUUCUUUAUGGUUGCACCGGAGGUUGAAGACGCAACCGGCCGGCCGGCUGGAGAAGUCUUGACGGUCAAUCUAGACGACGGCACAGUUUCGAAAUGGUGCUGCCCAGCAGUUGACGAAAUGGGAGGAAUACCAGCAGGAUGUCAAAUAGACAAAGACAACCGCCUCUGGGUAGCUGACAUGCGGCUUGGAUUGCUAAAAAUAACCGCAUCAGACGAUGGAACAGCGGGCAUUCAUCAACAAGUUGUCAAAGAAUGUGAAGGCAAACCAAUGCAAGGAUGCAACGACUGUGCAUUCGAUGCCUCUGGUAACCUAUGGGUGACAGCCCCAGCUGGACCCAUUGCCCCUGCACCGUACACCCGCUCCACGGAGGAAGCCUUUGGUUCCGUGUACUGCCUCACAGCCACCGGAUAAACUAAACUGGUCGAUCAAGGAUACCUAUUUUCAAAUGGUAUAGCAGUAACGAAAGACAGUUCGACUCUGAUUGUUGCUGAAACUGGUAGUAAAUCGCUGUGGGCAUAUGACAUUACGGGUCCAGGAACGGUUAGCAACAAGCGACUGUGGGCAAACUUACCUGGCGAUCAUAAGGGCGGUCCUGAUGGUAUGGACUAUGAUGAAGAGGGCUUUCUAUUGGUAGCCAACUGGGGUAGUGGACAUCUUGAAGUCUUUGACCCUCGCGGGAAACUGACGGAACGAAUAAAAUGUCCAUUCGCUAAUCUGAGUAACUUGCAGUUCAAACCAAACAGUUCUCAAGUGUUUGUUACAGAACACGAGUUUGACGGUCUGUGGAGGUUCAACUGCAGCUGCAAGGGCCAGAAGCAGUAUUGCGAAUUGUAGACUAGACGUUGUCCUAAACUUUUGAUUUUUUAUAGCUAGAUGUGGUUGUCUCUGCGCUUGUGCUGAAUGGCAAAGUUAACUUUGCUUAAAAUAUUGUAUUAGAAUCCAUUUUGUUUAAUUUACAUGUCAUAGCGUA